AUGGGUGUUAAUAAGUUCGCGAUGCCUUUACUGAGUACGCUAGCAGCAUUAGUGAUCAUUGUUCACACCGCUGAGGACAACUUUGAAUCAAACUAUAGGGAAUUGAAACCGAGGUCUAUGGAUGUUGGUGAAACACAUUUAGAAAAGCCAUGGCGCAACAUGCAAGUAGCUCCCAUUUUGACCCCAACUCCUCCGAUAGCUCAAGAUGAAAUGUGGGACGAAAUAAACCCAGACCAACCUUUAAGACGAAGACGAAGAAAACGCAAAAGAAGACCAUUAACAUCCAACGAAGAUGAUCUUACAUCAAAGGAAAGAUACAUUUAUACGGACCCAUCGAGACCCAAUCGUCAAGAAACAAAGGACACACCGGGAAGGAGACGUAAAAGAAUCGGACAAAGGGAAUCAAAUGAUAAUAAACGAUGGAGAGAUGCUGGGACAGAAAGAGAAAGGAAGAGAAGAAGACAGAGAAGGAAGAGGCCAGAGCAAGAUGAGUGGCCGGAAUUAAGCGAGUUCAAUGAUUACCGACAGCACGAACGCGAACAGAAUAAAGAAUCAGUUGAAGUUAUGGAAACGAGAGUACCAAACACCAAUUAUAAAGAUUACACUUUAAAUGAUGAUACGAAAAUCGAAGAAGUCGAGUUAGAUAAGAGUGAAAAUGAACAGCAAUUUACUGAUCUAUCAGAAAUAAACUAUGAACAAGAGACGGAUAAGCGUGACGAAGAGGCUUCUUUAUCAGAAUUUUCAUCAGAAAUUUCUAUAUCUCCCACAGUGAUUCCCAAUAAUAAUAAUAAUAAUAACAAGAUAAGAGAUAAAAUACGGGAGAAAGAUCUUAGUAGCUAUAACAAUGUUAUGGAUGAAAAAGCCAAGGCAUACGGCCCUUUGGAUCCAAAAUCUUUAAAAUCAAUUUUAAAAAGAUCAAAAGGUAAAAGUUUAAGCGAAAUUCUACAACAGAAUAACUUAACCUUGGCUGAUCUGCUGCAAGGAAAUGUGAAAGCUUUAACUGCACUCAAAAAGGAGGAAUCUUCAUCUAAUCAAAAAUCAAACCAAAAUGUGUUGCCGGAAAUAUCAGUGGAAAUAAACCCGUCGCGAAAUAUGAAGAGAAAUAACGAAUACGAAGUGAAUGAAAAUGUCAACUUAGAAACAACAACAUUAAUCGAUACAAGUAGUACAACGAGUGAAAGUAAUCCUCAAAAAACACUAACAAGACGUGCUGAAUCUGUAUUAAGUGAAGAACCAGUAGUUACCGAAGCCUCUAGAAGUACUACUAAACAUUAUUUACGACGACGAUAUCCUAUUCGAAAACAAAUAAGAAUGAGGUCGAUGACUAAUAACACGCACACAUUUAAAGGACAAUUAAGUAGAGAUCUAAUAGCGCAAUCUGCACUUAAAUACAAAAAUAACAGAAACGUAUCCAGGCCACGAGAAUGGAAAGAAUAUCUACCAUCAAGAGUGAAAUUAGGGCAUAUGAAAACACAGCGUACUAACGAAAACGAUAAUAAUACUGAAAAUAUAACUACUACCGCUUACACACCACAAGAAAGUACUACUCAAGAACAAUUUGAAACUACCACAGACUCGUCUGUUCUUUAUGAGGACACAGAAAUUCCGAUGGUCAUUGAGAUGGGUACUGAACCCUCCAGCACGCUAAUAGAUAAUAUUCAGGUUACCACUGAAAGUAAUGAAAAUGAGGAAACUGAAAACAUUAUUGUUUCAGAGAAGUCAAUAACUUCUUCUAUAAAACCGAUUGUAAGCACAUCGGAUCUCAGACGUCAAGUCUUCACUAAUAAGCUUAAGAGAAAAAGACAAAGGCAAAAAGUUUCAACCACGGAAUAUCCGGAUGACAUAGCGUUGCAACAUGUUUUUGGUGAAGCUAAUUUCGUCUCCGCGUCAGAAUUUAUAGCUAAAACACAAACAAAAACGACGAAUGCCAUUGACGAUAACGACUUUUCAACGUUAGAAGAUUUCUUAACGACAGAGGCUACUCAAGGUGUAACAAAUAGGCACAAAACUAAAGAACUGCCUACCACCAACUUCAAAAUUGCAUCGACAACACCAAGCACAUUUACUACAGAAGAAACAGCUAAUAUGGAAAUAGAAGAGAUCCUUAACGACAGUAUGACGAAUGCUAGACUCAUAGAGAUUUUAAAGGAGAGAAAUAUGACGCUGAAUGAAUUAGUGGCUCAUCGAGAACGAGGGUCGAGUCAUUUACACUUAGCAGAUAUAUUCCAUAACGCAUCUAGAGAGCCGAAUCCACCUGAACCGUUCCUUACAAAAUCACUUAUAGAACCUAUAUCCAAAGAGACAUACCCUCUCAGAGCUCUCUUAGAAGCAAAUUUACAUGACGCGAAAACAACAACAUUAGAUCCAAAUACAUCAAACUUAAAUAUACCAGUCGUCAUGGAUUUUGGAAAUAACGUGAACGAAAUUGGAGAAAACAUGGGUAUUAUAUCACUAUUUAAGAAUUUUAGCAAAGUUGAUAAUAAAACUAUUAAUGAUAGUUAUGUUAUAAACAAAGAUGCUUCAAUAACAGAUGAUAAUGAAAGAGAUGGACGUUCAUUUAACGGAGUCAAGGAUUCCGUGACGUGGAAUGAUUUGAUAAAACUAAUGCAGACAAACCACCAAGAAAGUAAAGACAAAACAUUAGCUACAGAUGAGGUUCCAUAUCUGUCUAAGAAGAAUCUAAAAGACACGAUUGACGAUGGCUCAUUAAUCUUUGAAGAUUUAGAGAAUUUGGAAAAAUUCAAUAACAAAAUCAGUACAGAUGAGUUACUAGAGAUUAAUCUGUAUGAAAGAAAUCAACCUCCACAAAGACCUCAAGUUGAAAUUCCAGUUUCUAGUAACACUAGAUCGGUAACAGUAGCCACGAUAAGUAUAAUAGGGCUAGCAUUGAUAUUAUUCUUAUUGACUUAUGCCGCAUUAAAAUGGAAACAGCAAAGCUUAAUAUUUAAUAAGACCAAAAACACAGAAGACGCAUGUGUCCCUACACCGGUAUUUGAAAGUAGGAAAACUCAAAAGCUAAAUAGCAGUACUCGAAGUAAAAGUCCUAUGUUGUCUAGUAAUAUUUACACCAUAGAUUCUAUUGACCCAAGAGAAGGUAGUGAAUCCCCUGAAUAUAUGUGGGAUUCAUUAAGAAAACCAUAUCAGUAA